AUGCAUUUGAAGUUAGUUACCACCCUGGCGCUCGUCGCCCCAAGCCACGCCCUCAUCCGCUUCGGAUGCUCACAGCUUGUCGUCGACCGUCUUGAUCCUUUGGUAGAACCCGGAAACGCCCCUUCAGCACAUCUUCACCAAAUCAUCGGUGGAAACUCCUUCGUUCCCGACAUGAGUCCAGCCAAACAUGAUCCGGCCAAGCUCUCUACAUGCACGACCUGCCAGCCUGCGGAUGACUUCUCCAACUACUGGACGGCCUCACUCUACUUCCGCGCUAGGAAUGGUACUUACAAGCGCGUUACGCAAAAGGCCAAUUCCGGAUUUGAGGGCCAGAAUGGUGGCAUGACCGUCUACUACAUGCAGAAUCAGCUGGCGGACUAUCAGCAGAAGGCUAAAGUCAAGGCCUUCCAGCCGGGCUUUCGAAUGCUUAUCGGCACCCCGACUGCGUCCACCAAAGCCGAAGCAGACAGGUACCCACAGCUUACUUACACUUGCCUGCAAGAUAUGGGGACUCGCUUUCCAGAGACCAAAAACUUUCCCAAGAAGCCAUGCCCGUCUGGAAUCAUGGUGAAUCUGCGCUUUCCAACGUGCUGGGACGGAAAGAACCUCGACUCGCCAGAUCAUAUGUCUCACAUGGCCUAUACAGAAAGCGGUACCUUUGAGUCACAAGGCCCUUGUCCCGCUUCACACCCGGUGCGUAUGCCGCAACUCAUGUACGAAGUCAUUUAUGAGACCGCGCCAUUCAACGACGCAUCACUGUGGCCCGAAGACGGCAGCCAACCCUUCGUCUACUCUUUUGGCGACAGCACGGGCUAUGGCAACCACGGUGACUAUGUUUUUGGUUGGAAAGACGACGCACUGCAGAAGAUUAUGGACGAAGAGUGCUUCGUGAGGUGUUCGACGAUGAGAACUCAAACUAUCGAGCAGAUGAAUAACUGCAGUGUUGCGAGGAAGGUUGUCGAGGAUGUUGGCGACGAUAACUGGCUCACUGCGCUUCCUGGACAUGGUCAUAUGAAAAGAACAAGUAGCUCGUAAGCCCAAGGACUUUGUCGACGCCGAAGAUUUUGUGCGUCAAUCGACACAUGGAAUUGCACGUACUGGGCUGGUAUUGCGAGGGUAAUUUGGGCUCUGCACGUAGCCGUACUUGGCUCUUAUUGUUGCUUAUAGGUCUAUAGAGUGGCCCCAUAAUGUACAUAGACCCUUGCUAUGUCUCCACCUCUCUCUUGCAAAGCCCCGCACGUUCAUCGCCUAACCCCACAGACCACCCACCACGAUCCCCAGAGCGGUACAAGUGAUGCCAAACAAUGCAAUUGCACUACGCUCAAUAGUGUAGAAUCAACCGGUUUUGUCCUUUAUAAUACAGAAUAGUAUACCAAGUACUUCUUUC